AUGUCAAGAGAACCGCCCAACAACCUCGUCAUCUUUGGCCCAGAUGCAAACUGUACCUUGGCCCUCUGCCCUGUAGAAUGGAGCGUCUACCAAUACCGACCUUCGCUCGCAGCCAACGGUACCUUUAUCGCCCUCUACGCCCUGGCCAUGAUAACGCACAUCAUACUCGGCAUUCGCUGGAGGCAGUGGUUUUUCAUGUCCUUCAUGAUACUCGGCUGCUUGUUUGAGAUUGUUGGAUAUAUUGGUCGUAUCAUUCUAUACCACAACCCCUUCAACUUUGGAGGCUUCAUGAUACAGAUUGUCUUUGUCACUAGUGGACCUGUGUUUUACACGGCUGCUAUAUAUGUGACUUUAGCCAAGACUAUCAAGCACUUUGCCCCCGAAGUCUCUCGCUUUAGACCAGAGUUCGUCUGGUGGAUCUUUAUUCCUGCCGAUAUCAUCUGUCUCGCUCUACAAGGUACCGGAGGCGCUCUGUCAACCAUCAGCCAAGGCUCUAGCCAAAUGGGCAUCGACGUUGCCCUGGCCGGUCUUUCACUACAAGUCGUCAUCCUUGUUCUCUUCUGCGCUAUUCUAGGCGACUACCUUUGGCGAUACUUCCGCAGCGGAUCGGCCGGGGCGUUGAGCAAACGCAUGCGAGUCUUCUUUGGCUUCGUGAGCGCUUCUGUCAUCUUGAUCCUUGCGCGGUGCGCCUUUCGAUGUUAUGAGUUGAGCAAAGGAUAUCAGGACUCGGACCUCAUUUCGGACGAGGGAUUGUUCAUUGGUCUCGAGGGAGUACUUAUUGUCAUUGCUGUCUUUUGUCUCUGCGUGGGACACCCAGGACUUGUAUUCAAUGACAGGGCUACGAGAAAGAUCUCUGCAUCCUCGUCUAGUGAUGUAGAGAAAUAG